AUGGACGACCUUAAAGUAACACUCCUCUCAUCUCCGGCCCUCGAUGCCUCCAUCCUCCCCACUGCAUCUCCUUCCUCCUCUCCACCUCAUCGAUCUUGUCAAUUUCGCGACUUUAAACAGCAUGAUCGUCAUUCUCUUCCCACCUGGAUGUACCCUCCAGUAGGUGAGACUCGUCGUGUCAUCGUACCUCCCCAUUCAAUUCAAGCCACACGUGUUCGUCUUGAAGCUCCAAAAGAUCAUCUUGGUGAGUGGCCUUCAACUGCCAUUUGUGGAAAUGAUAUUCUGGCCAGUGUCCUCUACUCAUCGGGUAUCGUAGCUGCCAAAGCCGGCAAGUUAACACCCUUAGCGCAAGUUUUUGUAGCCUUUGUGCUCUACCUCUUUCGCUCGAUUUACGAAGAAGCAGUGACUGCUAUUCCUUUAAAUGGAGGUUCAUAUAAUGUUCUACUUAAUACAACAUCUAAGAGAACAGCAGCAGUCGCUGCAACGCUUGGCAUUAUCUCGUACUUAGCUACGGGGGUUGUCUCGGGUACUUCUGCAUUGCGAUAUCUCGACACUCAGAUUGAAGUGAGUGUUGUGUCCGGUACAGUGAUGCUGCUCUUUCUCUUUGCAAUUCUUUCAACCAUUGGUAUUGCUGAAAGUGCUUCCGUGGCAUUAAUUAUCUUCAUUGCUCAUGUGAUGACAUUGACAUUAUUAAGCGGAUUCUCUCUCUUCUACGCAAUACAACACCCAAGUAUCUUUUGGCAAAAUAUGAACACAGAGUUUCCAGAUAUCAACGUAGCUGGUGAUGUGAUUAAAGGGAAUGUUUUAACUGGAAUUUUCUAUGGCUAUUCGUCAGCUAUGCUUGGUAUUACAGGGUUUGAAACCUCUGCACAGUUUGUUGAGGAACAAGCACCUGGAGUUUUUCGAAAAACAUUACGGAAUAUGUGGAUGUUUGCCACAUUUUAUAAUCUACUCUUGUCUUUCUUAACUCUAGGAGUUUUGCCAUUAGAAGGUCCUGGUGGGAUCUAUCACAAUAAAGAUAUUGUCUUAGCAACAAUGGGUCGUGUGGCAGCUGGCAAGUGGUUAGAAAGUUGGGUAUCUAUUGAUGCUUGCGUAGUGUUAGCCGGAGGUGUCUUAACAUCAUACGUGGGUAUCACGGGUCUUGUACGUCGGUUAGCAUUUGAUCGCGUCCUUCCAGCAUUUCUCACAUAUACAAAUCAUUCUCGUGGUACAAAUCAUUACAUCAUCCUACUUUUCUUUGCACUACAAUCAAGUCUUGUCAUAUUGCUUCAUGCUGAUUCCACAGUUCUCGCUGGAGUAUUUACAUUUGCGUUUUUGGGUGUCAUGGCUUUAUUUGCCUUUGGAUGCAUGUUGCUCAAACUUAAACGUGAAGACAUUCCACGAGACGUGCAUGCUCCGUGGUGGAGUUGUCUUUUUGGCUUUGUAAUGGUUCUACUUGGUCUUUUGGGUAAUCUUCUCGGAGAUCCUGCAAUAUUUACAUACUUUGCACUCUAUUUCGUGGUCUUUGCGUCAAUAAUGUUCGUCAUGCUCGAACGUGUCUUUAUUCUUCGAAUCUUGCUGUAUGUUAUGCAGCAGUUUUUUCCGUCAUAUGAAGAAAACGCACAUGACGUAACAAUAGUGGAGUCACAAGGUAAAGUUAAAGAACGAAUUCGAACUGGAGCUAAAGGAGGCCGCACAAUUACGGCUGUACUUGAAGAAAUUCAUCUUCCCCCAAUUGUUUUCUUUCUCAAGGCAUCCAACUUGCCAUUACUUAAUAAAGCGAUUCUUUAUGUGCGUAAUAAUGAGCAGACACACAACUUGUAUGUAGUACACGUGAGUGAGGAUCUUAAUCUCGAUGAAGAUGCCAGUGCUGAAGUGACAGAAGCUGAUAAACAACGACGACAAUUAGAACGAGAAAACGUAGAAGAUAUGCGAGAAAUGACUCGUGUAUUUGAUCUCACGUAUCCAAAACUCAAGAUCGACUUUGUGCAUGUUUGCGGUUCAACUUUUGAUGCAGCUCUUGUCCAUUGGUUAUCCGAAGAAUUAAACAUUCCACCAAAUAUGAUGUUCAUUCGACAGCCUGGAACGAAGCAUAUUCAUCAGAUCGCAGCACUAGGUGUUCGUGUCAUUACUGGAUAA